AAAGUUUUUUUUUUGUUUAUAGAAAUUUCAGACUUGGAAGCUACAAUCAGCUACAAAAAAUAAUUAUUUUUUUUACGAUUUUAAUUAACGACAUAAACAAAUACUUACCUGAAUAAUAAUAACAACAAUUGCAAUUGUUUUUUUGUAAUUAUUUUAGUCAUGCGCCGUGAUGUACUUAAAUGUUCAAUCAGUUUUUGCUCCCACUUGAUCAACGUAAGACCCUCUUUGAGGUUAUUUUGUUUUUCUGUCAUCUAUUACGCGACAAAAAAAAAAAAAUAAAUAAACCAAAAAAAAAAAAAAACAAACCAAGGAACACAACAGUCAAUAUAAAGUGUUUGAUAAUCUAACAAGUUAUUCAAGCUUAUCACAAAAGUGUAAUUGAAAUGAAAAAUUAAGUAUGAUUGUUUGUUUUUAUAUCAGUAAUGUUAACAAUUAUUAAUUAUUACAAUAUUUUUAUUAUUAAAAAUAUAAUCAUUAUUAAAUAAAUAUUGCAUCGAAAAUUUUUUAAUUAAAUAUCAAUCAAUAAACAAUCACCAAAAAAGUGUUAUGAGCAGUGCAAUUAGCACAUACGAUGGAUUGGAUCCAGAUCCACCAGCACCAAAAACAAAAACAACUCUUGAACCACCAGGUGCUGGUGGUACUAAAAAAUUAUCACGUGGUAUAUCAAGAGCAACUGAAAAUGCAGCAAUUGUAUCACAUGCUCGUUUACAACUUGCUUAUUUUGGUACUGUUGAUACACCUGAAUUUACAUUCUCCUUACCAGAUUUAUCAGUUUAUCCAGAUUCAUUUCGUCAAUUUUUAGAAAAAGAUUUAAUUGAAGGUGGCUGUUUGACGUCAUUAGAAACAGCUGGAAGAUUAAAUUGGUGGUGUGGUGGUAAAAAUAGUGGUACACGUGUACUUUGGCCUUUGGCAACAGCUGGUGAUGGUAAUUGUCUUCUCCAUGCAGCAUCACUUGGUAUGUGGGGUUUUCAAGAUAGAUUAUUAACCCUGAGAGAUGCAUUGCACAAUACAUUAUCAAAAGGUGAAUACAAAGAUUCACUAUAUAGAAGAUGGAAAUGGCGACAAAUGGGUUUAAAUGCUGAUGCUGGAUUAUCAUAUACCGAUACAGAAUGGUUAAAUGAAUGGAAUUCAAUUGUUGAUAUGGCAACAGCAAAUCCACGUUCACAAACAGCAACAUCUUAUCAAAGUCUUGAAGAGGUUCAUGUAUUGGCAUUGGCACAUGUAUUAUGUCGUCCAAUAAUUAUAAUUGCUGAAACAAUGCUACGAGAUUCUGAAGGUGUUGCAUUAGCACCAAUACCAUUUGGUGGUGUUUAUUUACCAUUAGAAGUAUCACCAGAAAAAUGUCAUCGUACACCUCUUCUUCUAGCUUAUCAUUCAGCUCAUUUUUCUCCAUUAGUUACUGUUGAUUGUGGUAAUGAUUUUGGUGAUAUACCAAAUGAAGGUGUUAGUAUACCACUUGUUGAUCCAGACUCGGGACAAUUAUUACCAGUAUUAUUUGCAAUUGAUCCUGGUCCAGAUUGGGAAUGGACUGAAAAAUCACGUGAUUUAUUACCGUGUCAUCAAGAAACAAUGGAAAUAUUAAUACGUGAAUAUUUAGAUUGUGAACUAGAUGUGAUGUACGAUUUAGAUAGAUUGUCUGAUGGUGAUGGUACAUCAUCAAAUAGAAAUAAAACAGCUAAACAAUUAUUAGGUGUUGCUAAGCAAUUUGGAUCAAUUGGUAAAUCAGUUAGUAAGAGAUUAUGGUCAAUGGCUAAAAGACCAAAAAGUCCACCAUUAUCUUUUCUUGGUGGUGGUGGUAUAGCUCAUGGUGUACUUUGUGUAAGAUUAAAGAGUCGAAGACAUCAAUAUGUCGAUCAAAUGUUACAAAAUUAUCUCCAAUGUGCACAUUCUAGAUAUUUGGAAACUCAUCAAGGAGAUAGUGAUAUAAAUUAUGGUGCUGGAAAAUCUAAAUUUUAUGCUACAAGUGAUAGUGAAAGUUAUGCAAGUGUUAGUAAACUUCAACCAACAAAUCCAAAUAAAGAUAAAACUCUUUAUUUAUCAAGGUCGACUUUUUAUAACAACGAAACAACACCAGAUACUUUAGAAUCAGAUGUUAAAAAUAUCGAUGUGCAAGAUGGAAUAGCAAAUGAGUGCCGUACUGAAGACUGUCAUUUUUUUGGAUCACCUAAAAAUAAUUAUUAUUGUUCAAAAUGUUGGGCUGAUCGUUCUCAACGAUAAUUAUCACUACACUAUAUUAUUUUUAAUUAAUUUUUAUUAAUAUUUAAUUUAAUAAUAAUAUCAUUUUUUUCAUGUGUUGUAGACAAUAAUUAAAAUUUAAAACAUGAGCUUUAAUUUAUAAGAGUUUAAAAGAAAAAUAUUAAUAAUUAAAACAAAAAAUUUGAGAUUCUCAUGAUAGUAAAAAUAAAUUAUAAUAUUAAUAUUUAUGAUUCCCGUACUAAUUGUUAGAUAUAUCUAUGAUUUUUUUUUGCCACGCGUGUUUGAACUUUAUUUAUUUAUGCAUGUUUAAUGAGUCAGUAAGAAAAAAUAGAAAACUAGAAAAAAUAUACGAAGGAGAGAAAAAAAAUGUAAAAGACGUGACUUACCGAAACGAAAAAAAAAAAAAACAAUUUAAAUAAGAAAUAUAUACUAUUUUUCCAACACGUUGAUAAGUGCCUUGUCUCGUGUUAAAAAACAAAAAAUAUGUAAAAUAUUUAUUUAAAAAAUGAAUCGAAUAAUACUCUGUAAUAAUUCAUGUAUUUUUUUAAAAAAUAUGCUAUUUUUAAUUAUUUUAAUUGACUUAUUUGUCAAUUAAUUGCCAAUUCUUGAACAAAAAAAAAAAGCUAAAAUUUAUCUGUAAAAAACAAAUUUAAUCAUUGUCAACCAGAGUGUGAAUGUAAUAAAAAAAUAUUUUUUUAAAUCUUCGUUAUCAUAAAUAAAAAAAAGA